AAAACAAAUGUCUCUGCUAUCUAGCAGUCAAAAUGAGUGGUCUGAUAACCAACGACUUCACCCCAUUGAGGGCUCUCGUCGAAUCCGUCCGACGAAAUAAUCCCAACCUCACCCCAGCCCUCACACACAUUGAAAACUUCCAGCCCCCGAACGCUACGCAAAGUACAAGCAAAUGCUAGGAUUGCUGCUGAACGCCCGCAGCAAGCUCGACGAAGCCAUUGCACAACUAUACAAGCACCUCCAGAACUCUCCAGAAAUCCGCGCGAGCAUUCCAGACAAUGAAUUCAAAACCCAUUGGAGAAGAGCAGCGCGGGUCCAUGAAUCCAUCAAGAAUCACAGGAAACCCAUACCUGCUAUCCGAGCAAACGCGACAACAGCCUGGGUCGAAGAGCAGGUCAAUGCUGUUCUGGGGAAUGUGCCGCGUUUCAGCAUAGCUGCGGAAGUUCGGUUGGCUGUGAACAGAAAAUUCGCCUGGGAUGAGUUUGUCAGUAGGCUUAAUUGCGUUAAUUUUGAUAGACUUAAUUGCAGUCGACCUGGACUGAUGUGCAAAAUGAGCUCUUGGGGGGGGGGCGUUUUUCUAAGCCUAUUCCAAGGUCCUUGUAUCGUUUGGGGGUCUUUCCUGACCAGUACUGUGCAAAAGCCUGCCAGUGUACCCUCUGGGCUGCCCGCUUGGCGGCUGCUAUUAAGGUAGGUGCUAUAGGGAGUUCCAGGGGGGCCAUGGCAGCCCAUCUUGGCUUCUUUGCCAGCUUCUUCAUUGCCUUCAAUGCCUGUAUUUCACCUGCACCC